CGUCGGCCGGCGGGGCGGGUCCCGGAGACAAGAUAAGAGCCCUGAGCGCCGCGGGCCCGGAGCUGGAGCUUUCGCGGACGCCGGGUGGCGGGUCUCCAGCGGCACAGAGGCUGGGCGCGCAGACCGAGAAGGUGGAAGCACGGGAUUCCCGAGUCCAGGAGGCUAUGAGUGAGGGCAGGUGCUCUGUGGCCCUGAUGUCUUCCGUGGUGGCUCCAGCCAAGGAGGCCAACGCCACGGGCCCGAAGGCGGUGGAACUCAUCCUGCUCAAGGAGCAAAACGGGGUGCAGCUCACGAACUCCACCCUCCUCAACCCCCCGCAGAGCCCCACGGAGGCCCAGGAUCGAGAGACCUGGAGCAAGAAGGCCGACUUCCUCCUCUCCGUGAUCGGCUUCGCCGUGGACCUGGCCAACGUCUGGCGGUUCCCAUAUCUAUGCUACAAAAACGGCGGGGGUGCCUUCCUGGUCCCCUACCUGUUCUUCAUGGUCGUCGCCGGCGUGCCGCUGUUCUACAUGGAGCUGGCCCUCGGGCAAUUCAACAGGGAGGGGGCGGCAGGUGUCUGGAAGAUCUGCCCCAUCCUGAGAGGCGUGGGCUACACCGUCAUCCUCAUCUCGCUCUACAUCGGCUUCUUCUACAACGUCAUCAUCGCCUGGGCGCUUCACUACCUGUUCUCCUCCUUCACCACCGAGCUGCCCUGGACGCACUGCAACCACACCUGGAACAGCCCCCGCUGCUCGGAUGCCCGCGCCCCCAACACCAGCUCCAGCCCCAACGACACCCUGAGGACCACGCCCGCCGCCGAGUACUUCGAGCGCGGCGUGCUGCACCUCCACGAGAGCCAGGGCAUCGAUGACCUGGGCCCUCCCCGCUGGCAGCUCACCUCCUGCCUGGUGCUGGUCAUCGUCCUGCUCUACUUCAGCCUUUGGAAGGGGGUGAAGACGUCCGGGAAGGUCGUGUGGAUCACGGCUACCAUGCCGUAUGUGGUCCUCUUUGCGCUGCUCCUGCGAGGCAUCACUCUCCCGGGGGCCGUGGACGGCAUCAGAGCGUACCUGAGUGUGGACUUCCACCGGCUCUGCGAGGCCUCGGUCUGGAUCGACGCAGCCAUCCAGAUAUGCUUCUCACUGGGCGUGGGCCUUGGGGUGCUCAUCGCCUUCUCCAGUUACAAUAAGUUCACCAACAACUGCUACAGAGAUGCGAUCAUCACCACCUCCGUCAACUCGCUGACGAGCUUCUCCUCCGGCUUCGUGGUCUUCUCCUUCCUGGGGUACAUGGCCCAGAAGCACAGCGUGCCCAUCGGGGACGUGGCCAAGGACGGGCCAGGGCUGAUCUUCAUCAUCUACCCUGAGGCACUGGCCACGCUUCCGCUGUCAUCCGUCUGGGCCGUGGUCUUCUUCGUCAUGCUGCUGACCCUGGGCAUCGACAGCGCUAUGGGCGGCAUGGAGUCUGUGAUCACCGGGCUCGCCGACGAGUUCCAGCUGCUUCAUCGGCACCGGGAGCUCUUCACGCUGCUCGUCGUCCUGGCCACCUUCCUCCUGUCCCUCUUCUGUGUCACCAACGGCGGCAUCUAUGUCUUCACGCUUCUGGACCACUUCGCGGCCGGCACGUCCAUCCUCUUCGGGGUGCUCAUGGAGGUCAUCGGGGUGGCCUGGUUCUAUGGUGUGUGGCAAUUCAGCGACGAUAUCAAGCAGAUGACCGGGCAGCGGCCGAGCCUCUACUGGCGGCUGUGCUGGAAGUUCGUCAGCCCCUGCUUCCUCCUGUUUGUGGUCGUGGUCAGCAUCGCGACCUUCAGGCCCCCGCACUAUGGAGCCUACGUCUUCCCCGAGUGGGCCAACGCGCUGGGCUGGGCCAUCGCUGCGUCCUCCAUGUCUGUGGUCCCCAUCUAUGCCGCCUACAAGUUCUGCAGCCUGCCUGGCUCCUCUCGGGAGAAACUGGCCUACGCCAUCACGCCCGAGACGGAGCACGAGCGGGUGGACAGUGGGGAGGUGCGCCAGUUCACGCUCCGCCACUGGCUUGUGGUGUAGGCGGAUGGAGGAGGAAGGAAGACCUGCUGGGUGCUGUCGGCGAGGACCAGGGCGAGGAGGGCCGCCCCGGACACGCACGCGUCUUUCCCUGGACAGGCCGCACCCUCUGUGCCCUGGGGGCUGACCCGCCGUCCACCUGUCGCUGUGUGACCCCCUAGUCUGUGCUCGUCCCGCAGGUAGAAACGACUGCGCUGUGUUCCGUGCGUUAGAGCCGCCGCCUGCCCCCGCCCCCUGCCAGCCCACCAGGGCCCCCUGGAGCUCAGGCCACAAUGCUGGUCCGAGUGUGGAGGAGAAAUAACAAUAAUUAUAGGUUACGGGUUCUCUGCUGAGAAUCCCAGCACUCGCAAUAGCUUCCUAGACCCUCUGUUUUGCUCAUAUUAAAAAAGCCAAGUAUCA